AUGUAUAAUGAGAGGAAUCUAAGGAUUUCCGAGGCCCAAGCUCAAGUAGUGCAGGUGGUGCAAGGCAUCAAGGAGGAGAUUGUAGAAUGCAGUAAGAUGGGGGACACUGAAGAAACAGUGGCGCAUCUGAAUGUUCAAGUGAAUGAGAAUGAAGUUGUAAAUGGGGAGAAUGACAAGCAGGAUGAGCAGCAGCAGUCCAAGGAUGGAGAGGAAGUGGGAGAUGAGGAAAGCAAGAAAAGGAAGCCCAUGGUUCCAAGAUCAGAUGUUUGGGAACACUUUAGCAAGAUCAAACUUGAUAAUGGGGAGGAGAGAGCCAAGUGCAAGUACUACGGCAAGCAACUCCGCUGUGACACAAAGUUAAAUGGCCAUAGGGGGGAGGACAUUGGAAAAUCUUUAGAGAAUUGCUUGGCUGACUGGGGAAUUGAGAAUAUUUUUACAAUAGCAGUAGACAAUGCUAGUGCAAACAACACUGCAAUUAAGUACAUGCAGAGGGUCCUGAAUGAAUCAAAAGGCUGUGUUGCUGAAGGAGAGUACCUUCAUAUGAGGUGUUUUGCACAUAUUAUCAACCUGAUAGUAGGUGACGGGCUGAAAGAAUUUGAUAGAUCAAUCGCUCGUGUUUGGGCUACUGUUAAGUAUGUUAGGAGUGAACCAUCUAGGUUGGUAAAGUUCAAGAAAUGUGCCGAGUUAGCAAAGAUGGCAACUAUGGUAAUGUUUGAUGACGAAAUAGGUCAGAAACUGUGGGCAACAGUCAACACUUAUUUUCGUGCUUUGUUUGAGGAGUACAGAGAACUGUAUGCUCCAUCUCCAAGUGACAAGAACAAUGCUACUAGAUUUCCCAUAAUGUCUCGUAUGGCCCGUGAUCUUCUGGCAAUUCCUAUCUCAACAGUAGCCUCUGAGUCAGCCUUCAGUUCAGGUGGAAGAACACUUGAUGAUUUUAGGACAUCACUCACACCAACAAUGGUUGAGCGGCUCGUUUGUACAAAUGAUUGGCUUCGUGGAAACAACUACAUCGGUGUUGAAGAGGACACAGAAGCAUUGGUCAAGCUUGAGGAAGAAAUUGAUGCCCUGGCCAUUUCUAAGGAUAGCACUACUGCUACUACAUCUUGA